AUGCUUGGAAUUGCCACCUCCGCUGCCUCAGAGGUUCGAGGAAUUGGCAUUCUGUCCAUUCAAAUACGGCGGGUUGACCUUGAGACCCCAAGUGAGAAAUCACGUGCUGCGAUUGGCGGACACCUGGACAUUGGCGGUCACGCACCGUGGGAACUUCAAAACCCAAGAAUCGAUGCGUCCGCAUGCAGAGCUGCCACUUACGAAGUUGGGUGCCUGAAAGGGCCAAAUGCGAUGAUUCACAUUGAGACCCUACUGCCCCUAGUCAGCGUCUGCUUGGGGCUCCUCUUUCCGACCUUGUGGCAAAUACUGGUGUUGAGUGUAGCUAUCGUGUACUGUGCAUGCGUCUGCCGAAAUUCCCGCGCAAAAAUGAAAAAAAUGUUUGCUAAAAAGAUUGCGCCCUCCCCACCGACUUACAACCUUCAAUUUGCCGAAGUGAAGGACGUGGAUGCGGAGGAGGAAGGUGUUUACGACUGCUCUCUGGUUACCGCAGCGGUAAUUCAGCUGACACCAAAAACGGUUGUUUCAUGCGAAGGUGCAACCGAAAGUGUCCAAGGAACUCGUGACACCGACCUUUGUGAUUAUGGUAUUUUGACGUCCCACAUGACCAAUGAUCGCAGCACUCACGUGUUCACCUUCAAUGAUGCCGCUUCUGAGGGUGACGUGAUUGACGAUUCAACACAAGGAUGCUGUGUUUCGACGAUUAGAGAUGGCGAGAAUGAUGAUAACACUUCAAAUGACGACUACGUACGUCUCGAAGUACUUUCGUGUUCAGCAAAUCGGACUUCCGUCCCAUCGGCUAAUGGUGAUCACGUGGUGACGUCUCUUACUGUGGAUUUCAGCAAUUUAGCUCCGCGUUCUGUUUGUGUUUCCUCACGAACCGUAAGCACCCGAACCAGAAAGUCAAACGCCGGUGGCACUUAUAGUGUAAAAAUAACUGAUCAACGUAAGCUGUCAAAAGAACAACCUUCAAAGAAAGAACGUCAGCAGGCACAGGAGGAGAGGGAAGACCUUCAACGUUGCGAGGUGGAGGGCCAGGUGGCUCGUGAUGGCGACGUGGAAGAGGAGCAUUUGGUGGCUGAGUCGUGCCAGGCCAACGAGUCCGCAAGGCCUGAACGCAAGGCCCAAGAGAUAGCUGCGCAGAAUCGCCAAUUCCUUGAAGCUAUUCAUCGCGACUGUUCGGAGGUAUUGCGCAAGGCUAAGGAGGAACGUGCAAUGCGCAAAAAGCGUUUGGCGGAAACCAUAACGAGGAUUAACCGAAACGAUAGCUUCUUUAGCCGCAGUGUGGCUAACUUAGAUAGCUCGAACAGCUUGUCUGGCAUGAUGACCGCCAGUGCCACCAAGGCUGGUGGCGAUCAGGCUAGGACAGAAGGCGACGUGAAGAAACCCUCUGUACGAUUUUCACUUGGCUCUAAUCCGACUACUUCCGUCCCCAACGAAAACAGACUUUGUAUGGGCUACCCGAUUUGUACCUCCACUCCCCGACAGCCCCUCCUUGCUGGCAGAAAUCGAUUCUGCGGCGACUCUUUAGUGUCCACCGCAGCCUUGUCCACCCCCACUGGCGACGUCCCCUCGGUGACCAGGCUUCCAGAUGGUUCGCCGUAG